UUUUUAGAACAACUUUAGACUUAAAUGUUUAUGUUAAAAUCUGAAGAACCAAAGCAACUGAUAAAAACAAAUAAAAUACAGAAAUAAGGAGCAGAACAGGGACAACUUAGAGUAUUGCACAGAUAUUAGUGAACUCAGAGUGUCGGAAAUCGAGAGCAGAGGUGGGGAGUUAAUGAACUAAGUUGAUAAAAUUGAGUUUAUGUGAAAUAAUAAAGAGGUAAUGUGCAUAACUGAGAGCAUCUGAACCCGAAAGAGCUUUGGUUCUUACAAACAGUAACACAAAGAUAUAAAUAAUUUUAUAAAAAGGAUCAACUUUCCUGGACCAGAACAAAAAUUAGUCAAACAUUUAUUUCUUUUCCAGCGGAUUUCAGAUCUUAUCCAAAUGUUUGCAUCUUAAAGGAACCGGGACCGGAGCAAACUGGGCUUCCUCAGUCACAAUCAUCGUUUAUUUAUUCUGCUUUUCCUUUCAAUGAACUGUUGUUUCUUGAAUUGCAUUCAUUCUUAACAUAAACAUUACUUAGAGGUGGACAAGGAAUCCAAACAUUUAACUCAAGUAAAAGAACUGCUACUUCAAAAUAUUUUUACUUUAAAUACUUUGGGAGUAUCUGUUAUGCAAGUAAUGUCUUAAUGAUGAAAACUGUUGAACCCACAUUUAGUAAAUCAGCCUUAAAUCUAUCAGAGAAUCAAAAUGGGGGCAUUUCUAGUUUUCUUAAAAAUAAAAAAUAAAUAAAUGACAAAAUAAAGUUCCAAAAGUUUGUCUGUAAGAUUAGGAAGUAAGCUGUUGUGUUUACUUCCUAAUAUCUGUUUUGACUUAUGUCAAAUCAUUGUAAAUAAUAAUAAUAAUAAUAAAGAUCUGUUUGGAGGAAAGAUUUUUGUCUCAAGAAUCAAUGAGCUAUUCAAGCAAAAGUGUUUUUCCUAUUACUAGUUUGCAUUUUUAGGACAGCAGCACAGUCACUGCUGAUGACAUAUUGAGGAUCUGAGGAUUUGCAAGCCAAAAUACUUGAUGCUGGUAAUUAUGCAAAGUUUGUUAGCAGUUUCAUUUGGCAAAAAGGCUCAAGUUAUUCUGAUCGCUUGACUCUGAUCAGCAAAGAGUGAAAACCAAAACCUUUGACGGUGACAACUGACUAUUUUACAGGGCAUUUUUUAAUCAUUGUUAUACAGGUCAGUCUGUGCUGCUUAAAUUAACUGUAUCUGAGAACGGAUCAUUUAACUGGACUGAAACUCAAAGCCGGGAAAACAAAAUGCCUCUGCAAAGUUGGAUAAUUCAGGUUCUCCUCGUCGGCUUUUUGGGCAUUUUUCCUGUUUCAGUGACUGUGCUUCCUGGCUCUCAGCAAUUAGAUAAACUCAAAGACUGCUUAAGCCAAGGAAACACAAAUUAUGUUGUUGCUGACAACUUCUACGGCAUCAUCAAUGCGGCUGAUCACUUCACAGCUAAACUGUCAGGCAAGAAUGGACUGAUUCCGGACGAGUUACUGAACGUUGUUGAACAGAUCUUGAUGAAACUCAACAACACAUUAACCAGCAUUGACGUACUGCCGCCAGGUCUGCAACAAUUAUCUGAUCGUGUUAUAAACAUAUUGAAAAACAAUGAGAAACUUUUUGCUAAUAAUGGUAAUAAGUUUGGCGCUUCUGUGGGAAAGAUUAAAGAAAUCGGACAGGGCGUUGGUCUCUUCAAUACAGCCUCCCAGGGUAACAGUGGAGAGUCUGCAGUCACAGUAAACCCUAACUCAGCACCUGGAACUCAAUCAGUUUUGAACUUACUAUAUGCGAGUGUUCCAGUUCUUAUGAAUCUACUCACAAACAGGACCCAAUGGGAGUCUGACAAUGAUGGAGUUGUGCAAAGUGUACUUGGGAAUGUUACAGAUAUUUUCAAGCUAUAUCUGGACAAAAGCACUGGGAACUCUGAUUUGAAAAGUCUCGUUAAGACUGAUAUUUUGAAUUGGAUCAUAAACACAUCUGUUUCUGAAACUGGAAGGAAGAGCUGUGUGAUAUUCCUACAGAAAGAUCAAACAAGACACAAAAAACUGUGGAAAACGUGGCCACAAGUGAAAAUGCCAAACUUUACACUGUACAUUACAAAAAAUCUUACAAAGGUCCCAGUGGUAAUUCGUGCUAUGGAAGGAAAGAAAUGCUUAAAUUCAACUGACUGCAUGUAUGGAAAUCUGACUACAAACACUGUGUGUAAAUCAGGGACUGCGUAUAAUAAGGACUCCUGCCAAAACAGCGACUACGCAGACAAGUACAUAAUAAACAUACAUGACAAUAUCCCCAAGUGUGUCAACUGCGACAAUCCCAUAAAGGAGCCUGAUGAGAUUAUUAAAAUUAACAACACUAUUUUUGAAAGUGAUGAUGGAGAAAUUGAUGCAUCCAAAGCUGUAGAGUUCAUGGGUGACAUGGCAAACUUAAUCUCCAAAAUGAAUGGGACUUCAGCUGAGCUGUCAGUGGCGAAAGGAGUUCAGGGAGUCAUAGUGAGAAAAACUGAUCCUGCAGAACUGGAUGAGGUGUCCUUCGCUUACAAGACUCCAACUGAAAAACUCAAAAUUAUAGAAGACUCGAAAAGUCUUGAAACAUUUUCGAGAUCCGUCUCCGUGUCUAAAGAAGCGUUUGAAAAGGCCAUUAGUCGAAACGCCUCUCUACCGUUCGCAGCUGUUCUCCGGUUUUUGAACUUGACUCGGGAUGAGAUGAACAGUACUGUUCUUUAUGAUGAGGUUGUUGCGAUUGAGAUGGGAACUGCGAUCAAGAAUCUCACCAACACAAUAAACAUCAAUUUCAAGAAUGCAGAAUUUGGAAAGUUUUAUCCAAACUGUAGCUCGUGGAACGGUGAAGGGGGAAAACCCAACUGGACUUCUGAAGGAUGUGAAACUAUAGUCGAUGGAAACAACAUCAGAUGUGAAUGUUCACAUUUGACGUUUUUUGCUGUCUUACUGACUCCCAUAAACGAAACCAUCUCCAGCUCUGACCUGAACAUCCUCACCAUCAUCACGCAGGUUGGCUGCGGCUUGUCCAUUUUCUUCCUCGGCAUAAUCCUCUUCAUGUACUGCCUGAUUAGGAAGACGAAGGCCAGUCCUUCCACACAGAUCCUCAUCCACCUGGUUUGCGCCUUGUUCCUGCUAAAUUUGACCUUCGUCGUCAAUCACUUUGUGGCAAACCUGAACAGCGAUGUGGGUUGUGAGAUAAUGGCAGCGGUGAUGCAUUACUCCAUGUUGACCACUUUCAGCUGGUUUGCUGCACAAGGCUUCCACCUCUGUCUGCAGCUGUACAGAGGAGGGAAUAUCGCAAUAAAGCGCUACCUGCUCAAAGUUUCUGUCAUCACCUGGAUUCUACCGAGCAUAGCGGUGAUUAUUAUCGCCAGCCUGAAAAAAUAUGGGAAACAGAUCAUCUACACUGAUAAUCCUGAGAACAACGUGGCAAUGUGCUGGAUUAACGACAAUAACGUCCAUUACAUCGUCAACGUUGGCUACUAUGCGAUGGUCUUCCUCUUCACCUUCACCACAGUCAUCAUCACAUUGUCCUGGCUCUUUUGUCUCAAGAGAAGCAAAGCAGCGAACCAACAGGAAACAGGAACCGGCAGGAAAAUAGUGAUCAUUCUGGGUCUGUGUUGCCAGCUGGGUGUCACGUGGGGCUUCGCCUUCUUCGCCUACGGCUCCUUCCGGAUGAUAGCCACCUACAUUUUCACAAUCCUCAACUCAUUUCAAGGGUUCUUCCUCUUCAUCUACUAUUACAAGACAACCCGAGUCGGACCAGGCGGCGCCAAUGCGAAGGGAAACUCGGGAAGCACCAACACCAGCGUCAGUACUCUUAAAACCGGACUGGAGUGUGUUGUGAACCCAUAUGUGAGUUUUGACAAACAAAAAGGCACGUGAUCUGUGGUGGGACAGAGAAAUCUAAACUGGAACCAGUAGAAAACGUGUACAGUGUGUCCAUGUAAAAUACUGUAAUUCUGUCUCCUGAUACUGAUUUUAUACACUAGGGUUAAAAACAUUUUGAUGAGAUAGACAUUUGUAAAGAUUUCAGGUUAAUCUUAAUCGUCCUCUUCAUGAGACUGUCUUGGGAAAACAGAGUAUCUUCAGUCAGAGGCUUUCUCAGAUUCUCUGUAAUACAGACCGCUACAGGAGAUCUUUCCUAAAGACAGACAUCACCACCUAAAACAACAAUUUGAAAAAUCUGAAUUAAUGAGCUACAACAAUAUUUAAUUUCCCUUUGGGAUCAAGAAAGUAUUUUUGAAUUUAACUGAAUAAAACCAGGAACCUGCUCUGUAUUAAAGCCCAACAACAUGUAGAAAGUUUUUGUUUAAUUUAUGCUUUUACAGUAAAAAUGUUCCUGCUCCUUUUGAAACCUUUACUUUUCUGAUGUUAUUUGGAUUUUCUGAAAAGGCAAUGAAACAUCAGACACCUUAAUUGGGAAAGUUGCAGCUAAGAUUCAUGGUAUUUUUUUUUAAAAUAAAAUGUUGUUUUUAUCCUAAACAAUGUAAUGUAGAUUAUUGUUAAGCGAUGUAUUAGUAUAAAUGUAUGUUUCAAUCUUUCUGUGUCUCUUUAUGCAUAUUUAUGUGAAGUGAAAAUAAUAAUAAAAGAAAAACUUCCAUAA